CCCAUUCGCGUUUUUUGAUAGAACAAGCAACAGGUUUUAUGUGCACUGAUACGAGUUGAGAAAGUUCCUUUGGUUCAUUCGCACUGUGAAGGGGUGAGAGGGGGAUUUUUCGAGAAUUUCAUCCUUUUAACGUCGUUUCCCCACUCUCUGACGCACAUUAAAUAGCUAGUUUCUGUCUUCCAACAACAAAUCUUAAUAGUAUCUCCCCUUGGAAGGAUUUUUAACUAGCGUAAAAAUUUCUCGCUCGUAAAAGGACUGGAUUCAUUCAAAGAUUUGGCAUCCUCUCAGUUUCUCUCCUUUCAUCAUUGAAGGAGGAUUAAAGAUCUUUUUAAACGUUCAUUAAAGAUCCUUUUAAACAACGUUCAUUAGAAAACUUUUGAGCCAAGGAAGGAUUUUCUUCGUCUGUUCAUCGCUGUGAAUUUAUAGUCUUUAAAGGUAAACAAAAGUUGUAAUAAAAAUGACAACUCUGGUGAGAUCAGUUUCCGAUGUUUAUGACGAAUAUAUGGCAAGUGGAGAUCCGAGGGUGACGGAAUGGUUUCUCAUGGAUGGACCAGGACCAACCAUUAUGUUAGUGAUACUCUACGUUCUAUUUGUGAAGAAAAUUGGUCCAGCCUGGAUGGAGGACAGGAAACCCUUCGAUCUGAGAUACGCAAUGCUUCUUUACAACGCAGUCAUAGUUCUCACCAAUUUUUACCUCAUUCUAGAUACAUUCCGAAUUUUGCUAAAACCAAACCACAGUUGGACUUGCAGAAUCGACAAAAAUAAAUACGAUCCUGAUAACGUUCGAUUGGCAGAAUUGGGCUGGUGGUUUUUCUUCAUAAAAUUUAUAGAAUUUGCUGACACAAUUUUCUUUGUUCUGAGAAAGAAAAAUAGCCAUAUCUCGACUCUUCACGUGGUUCACCAUGCUGUCGUUCCCAUUGCCGUUUGGGGUGGACUGAGAAUCGAACCUGGAAGUUAUAAUUACUUUUUCCCCUUGAUCAACACAAUUGUGCACACCGUCAUGUAUUCAUAUUAUGGACUUGCCGCUCUGGGACCCAAGGUGCAAAAAUUCCUCUGGUGGAAGAAAUACCUCACAACAUUCCAAAUGAUCCAGUUUGUCAUGGUAUUUUUCUAUGUACUCAACCUCAUGAUCACUAGGUGCCAAGUAUCCAAGUUUAUCAUUUAUUUGAACACAUUUUUGGCCGGACUUUUCCUUCUCAUGUUCUACGACUAUUUCCAGAACACCUAUAUGAAGAAAAAGGCAGUAAGAAAGCAACGAGCCCUGGAAGAAGAGAACAGAGCCAAACUUGCUUCCAGUGACACCGCCAGCAAAAUGAACGGUCAAAUUCCCACAGUUUCCCAAAAAGUUUUAGAGAAAGAAAUAAAGAAAAACGGAUACGUGCAACCAGUACAGCUGAACGAAAAAUCUGAAUGAACAAUCUGUGUCACUUAAAACUAAAACUAGAUCGGUCUGAACUAUUGACUUUUGAGAAAUGGUGUUUUCUGAAAACACAGUUUUAAGCGAGGACAAUCUGUUCCAUUAUUGUUAAGUUUUCAUAUUGACGGUAUUUUGUAAGCACAAGUUUUUGUUAAUUUCAGGCAAAUAUUUUAUGACAAACACCGGUUCGAUGCUUUAUAUUGUUUUACUGCAAGGUUUUCUAUUUAAUCUAAUAUUCUAUACAUUUUUAAGAAAUUAUGCAAUAUGUAAAUUUAAGUUUUCGAUCAACUGAAGACGCUAAAAGUGAAAUUAAAUUUGAAUUAUUAAAAUUUCCAUUUAAAAGUUUUAAAUUGUUCCCUAAGUAUUAAGAUCUUUGAGUAUUUGUUUUGGAGUUGUAAAACUAAGAAAUACGUUUCCAGAAAAAUUGCUAAUUAUUUUUUGAAGUGUUGUGUUGAUCAUAAUUUUUAUUAAAGCCGUAAUUUGAGUUUUGGUAAUUAGAUUAAAAAGCAGUGUUACAUAAUUGUUUUUCAUCGGUAAAUGUAUAGAAAUGUUAAGGCUUCUGAAUAUCGAAAACUUAAAGUAAACACGUUAGAAUGAGCUAAAUAUCAUUUUUUUAUGUAACUGUCGAAUUGUUUACAUAAAUUUAAGUGUUUUAAAGAUUCAAAUUAACGUGUUUAAAAUAGUAAGUUCGCAGCAGCUCAGGAUUUAGCGAAAUUCUUUUUAACUCUUAUAUAUAGGGUUUUAAAACUGGAAUUUGUUACAGUAAAAUGAUCAUUUUAUCUUCUGUAAAGAGUUUUAACUCAGUGUAAAUUUCUGUAAAUAUUCCUUCAUUUCUUAGACUGUACAUUUAAUUGCUUUCUUCUGUAACUAAACACAACGUUAUCUCUGUAUAAUAAUCAUAUAGGAACGACCAUUUUUUGAUGGUUUUUUUUGGGGGCAAAUAUUUUUGUUUAAAUGGAAUUUGACACUUUCUAUGAACGUGUAUACAAAUUUGUUUUAUUUAUGAAUAAAUGUUUGUUUAAAUGUU